CCUUGCUCCUUUCGUCUUCAUCCAUCGCUUCGUUUUCAAAUACAGUGAGACCUUUGCAGGAUACACACUCGUUUUUCUUUGAAGCAAUGGCUGUUGAAGGUCAAGUGAUUCCACUUCGCGAUGCUAAAGAAUUCGAUGUGAUAAUCGAUAAAGAGAAGGAAUCUGGCAAACUGAUUGUGAUCGAUUUUACUGCUUCCUGGUGCCCGCCAUGCCGUAUCAUUGCUCCAGUAUUCGCAGAGUUGGCUAAGGCGCACGUCAAUGUCACUUUCUUGAAAGUGGACGUCGAUAAUGUCAAGGAAAUUGCUGAGAGGUUCGAGGUGAAUGCGAUGCCGACCUUUGUUUUCCUGAAAGGAGGAAAAGAAGUUCACAGGAUUGUUGGUGCCGACAAGGUGGAGCUAGGGGUUAAAGUACUGGAGUUAAGCGCUGCACCUGCUACUUCUGCUGCUUAGAUGGUCAGCUUUGAUGACCAUUUUCCCUCUUAAUAUUAUCAUUAUGUUGUAAUAACGAUUCUGGUUUUGGGGUUUGUUGUUCUUGUGGAUUCCAUGACAGUAUCUCUCUGUGAUGCUAAGAAUGUUUGUAAACGAUAUAUGUAGAAUAAGAUUUAAUGUUUCAUAAUGUAUCUCUGCUCAUCAAGCUUUUGAAUUCAGUGAUCGUUGCCUCAAUGUUCACAGAUUACUUAAGAACAGCUUACUUUUUCA